AUGGCGUGGGGAUCAAUGCUCUUCCGUAUCGUGCUCGCCUUCGAAAACGAAAUCGUUACCCAGAUCCUCCGCCGCCCCGGCUGGCAUCGCGGUGUCGGCAGAAUACACAAGUAUGUCGACGAAAAGCGAUAUGGCCGGAACCCAAACGAGCCCCUCGCGCAGGGCGAGGCCACAUCGAACCCAGAGAGCCGCGGCUUCUUGACGCACUUCAAGGACGAGCUGCUGAACCAGAUGCGCGGCAAGCCGACCAACCUGCCCAACGACACCCCUUCCAAGAUGAAGAAGAAAUAA